AUGACUAUAAAUUUCUGGAGUGAAGUCUGCGACAGCACUAGAUUUCAGAUGCUGCGCGUAAGAGGACGAUACGCAUUGACGGACACAGCAUACAGAUCUCUGACACAGGAACAUAGGGAGCAAUGCAUUCUAAUAUCAGGAGAGUCAGGAUCAGGCAAGACAGAAGCCUCCAAGAAGGUGUUGCAGUUUAUUGCGGAAGUGUCCAGACAUAAGGGACAGGUGGAGGUGGUCAAGGACAAGUUGCUACAAAGCAACCCUGUGCUUGAGGCUUUUGGCAAUGCCAAAACCAAUCGUAAUGACAAUUCCAGCAGAUUUGGAAAAUACAUGGACAUCGCCUUCAACUUUCUGGGGGAGCCGGUUGGAGGUAACAUCCUGAAUUACCUCCUGGAGAAGUCUCGAGUGGUCCAUCAGAGCGAGGGGGAGAGAAACUUUCAUGUGUUCUACCAGUUGCUGGCAGGAGCAGAUGAUGCCCUGUUGUCGUCCCUCCAACUGGAGAGAGAUGUCCAGAAGUAUACUUAUCUCACACACCCAAAUGCCACCACACCAGAACUGAACGACUCCCAGCAUUAUGCAGAAGUGCGGAAAGCGAUGGAGGUAAUCGAGCUGAGUGCCACAGAGCAGGAGGAGAUCUACAGGAUAGUGGCGAGUGUGUUGCACCUAGGGAACGUGGGCUUCCUUGAGGACGAAGGAAAGAGCAAACUGACAAACUCGAUGGCUGUUCAUACAGCCUCCCAGCUGUUGGGGUGCAGUGAGCUGGAUCUAGCACAGGCUCUAACGCAUCGCACAAUUGACGCAAGGGGAGACGUGGUCACUUCUCCGCUCAACAGGGAGAUGGCCGUGUAUGCUCGUGAUGCACUAGCCAAGGCCAUAUACGACAGACUGUUUACUUGGCUUGUGCGACGACUCAACACUUCCUUGCAGCCUCAAGAUCUUAGCGGGAACAAACACACUGUCAUGGGCAUCCUUGACAUCUACGGUUUUGAGAUAUUCCAGAAGAACAGCUUUGAGCAGUUCUGCAUCAAUUAUUGCAACGAGAAGCUGCAACAGUUGUUCAUAGAGUUAACUCUCAAGUCGGAGCAGGAGGAGUACCUGCGAGAAGGGAUCGAGUGGGAGCCGGUCACGUACUUUAACAACAAGGUCAUCUGCGACCUCAUUGAGGAGAAGCACAAAGGUAUCAUUUCUAUUCUGGAUGAGGAGUGCCUGAGGCCAGGCGAUCCAACUGAUGCAAGUUUUCUCGUAAAAAUGACAGAAAAACUGAAAACUCACAAUCAUUUCAUCAGUCACCAGAAAGCAGACAAGAAAGUGCAGAAGAUUAUGGGACGAGAGGAGUUCAAGCUGGUCCACUACGCAGGGGAAGUAACUUACACCAUAAACGGGUUUUUGGAGAAGAAUAACGACCUGCUGUUUAGAGACUUACGCCAAGUCAUGUCUCAGACAAGCAACUCUGUUACACAGAAAGUGUUUCCGGCCUCUGAGGUCUCCAGUAAGAAGAGGCCAGAUACUGCAAUUACUCAAUUCAAGAACAGUCUCAGUCAGCUGAUGGUGAUUCUGUCAAGCAAGGAACCCUCAUAUAUUCGCUGCAUCAAGCCCAAUGACUACAAAACUUCAGGUAUGUUCGAAGAUAAAAUCGUGUCUCACCAAGUCAAGUACCUGGGGCUAAUGGAGAACCUGAGGGUGCGUCGUGCUGGUUUCGCUUACCGUCGUCGCUACGAGGAGUUCCUCAACCGAUACAAAAGUUUGUGCAAGGAGACAUGGCCUCAAUACAAGGGCUCUGCUAGGGACGGAGUACAAGCCUUGGUCAACUCUCUUGGCUACAAGCCUGACGACUACAAGAUGGGAAAGACAAAAAUAUUCAUCCGUUACGCCAAGACACUGUUUGAGACCGAGGAUGCAUUCCAAGUGCGGAAGCAGACUCUAGCUGCAAGUAUCCAAGCAAGGUGGAAGGGUUUUGUUCAGCGUCGGCAAUACUUGCGCAUGCGAGCAUCUGCAAUCAUUGCACAGAGUUGGAUACGGCGGUUCCUCGCUCAGAGGUUGGCCCAGCGAAAGCGAAAUGCAGUUCAGAUUGUUCGAAACUUCAUCAAGGGGUUCAUCACCAGAAGUGAACCUGAGAAUGACCUGAAUAGACGAUUCAUCCAAAUUGCCCGCAAGCAGUUCCUGCUCAGGCUUGCCAACUCCCUACCCAAGAGCAUACUGGUACACACUUGGCCAGCCUGUCCAAUAAUCUGUAGAGAGGCCUCUGACCACCUAAGGACCAUGCACAGGUCAUGGUUGGCUCGGAAAUAUCGACUAGCGCUUACACCCGAGAAGAAAGAACAGUUUGAACUCAAAGUCCUCGCAGAGAAAUUGUUUAAAGACAAGAAGAGAAGCUACCCUGGUUCGGUCGGAUCUUGGUUCGUACAGGACCAACUUGUGACGGACAGCCAACGCCAAAUGAGGGCUCACUUCCAGGGUAGCGUGCCACACGGGGAUAAGCUGUUGUAUUCCAGCAUUGUCCACAAGUUUGACCGGCACGGGUACAAGAAGCGGGACCGCGUUCUGCUGCUGACGACGACAACCCUGUACCUCGUAGUUGAGGAAGGAAAACACUUCAAGAGUAAACACAAGUUGCCACUGACAGCAAUCACCAAGGUGGAGAUCACCUCUCAGUCCGACCGGUUCAUCCUGCUGCGGCUCAGUCCCGAACACCACAAGACCGACAAGGGUGACCUCAUCCUGGGGAUGCCCAACGUCAUUGAGUUCGUCACCUUCCUAGUGUCUGCCACCGACAACCACGAUUUGGUUAACAUCAACUCGGUGGAGAAUGGACAAAUCACGCACAUGCUCUCGGAUGGAAAAGAGGGGAAGAUUGACCUGACACAAGGGCAGAAUGGGCCAGGAAUCCAGAGGAGCAAGAACGGCCAUCUGAUAGUUGUUGGAUGAAAGCACAGUGUCUCCCUGAACUGUUCACCGUUCACACUGUUACUCUAUGUAUAUUAAAGCUAAUGAAAGGGAAGUAAAUGAGAUGAGAACGUGCCAUGUUAAAGAAACGUUGAAUACUGACGGAGGGCUCCAGUAUCGCUUUUAAUCGAGUAAGAUUACCGUUAUUGUGAUAAACAUUUAGCAUACUUAGUUGUAAGACUUUACUUCUACAAGAUUCAGAGAAUAGUACUUAAAAAUAAAACUUAUUAAAGUAACCAAUACAAUGUAAAGAUAACUAAGACUUAAGUUUAAUUUUUUAGAAAGGGUUUUCAAGGAAGUUAUUCACAAGUUGUAAGAGCAAUAAAACAGUUCCUGACAAUGCCUUUUAACAGUGCAAUCAGCAUUCACUGUUAUCUAAAUUGUUAUUAAAAUAUAUUGUUACUGUAGUAGGUUAAACCUACAAAACCAAGAAUUUUAAAGUUUUACUGUGAAUUUUGUUUGCAAUAAAACAUUUAUACCAAGACAGUUUAUAUUCUUCUUAUGUGAUAAAAAUACAUAAUUGUAUACAGUAAAA